UUAUUUCUAUUUUAAACAAGAACACUACACCAUAUAUAUAUAAACAUUGACAACUUGUAAAAACAUAAAAAAUACAAACGUACCGGUUCUGUUCUUAUUGCUUGAAUAUAUCCGAUCUUUUCGAGAAAUGAAUUUUUUUACUUCCAUGAUUAAAGAUCGUUAAUUUACUCGCCUACCCAUUUUAGAUGUUUAAACAUCAUGAAAAUUACAUCAUAGAAAAUAUAAAUGAUAAAAACCUAUUAUGUUUUCUUAUCUUUACUAAAUUAGACCUACAACAGAUGCCUUAUAUUAACAUGACAAUAUACUGUAUGUGAUUAUAGCAAAAUAUAAAAGAUUGAUACGAUGAUCGAACGAUACUAUAAUUAUCUUACUAUAACUGGAUUAUCUCCCUUAUUAUUGUUGGCGCUUUUUACAUUCUAACUUAUGACGUCAGUUGGCAGACGACAACAUUUGUGUAACGUCAUUUAGCAGACGACGGCCGCCAAGACUGGUUGUUUAUGUUCGAUGGCUUCCAUGUAUUUUAAUUCAAUACUGUUUCUUGCUCAAUAUGCUGACAUUGAGAUUUCUUGUCAACCGAUCAUGACUGACACCAGUAUGAUACAACGUUCCUAAAAUAUUCCCCUUUUUUCUUGGAUUGUUUCAAUUAUUCUUAGUUUGGUUUCAUUUUGAGUGAAGCCUAUAUCACUAUAGGCCAGGGAAUGUAGGCCUAAAGCGUAAUGGACGCUAAUAGCUAGCACCCGGAUCUAUUUACGUAUUUUGUUUUAAUUGAAAUGUCUAUGUAUAUUGGAGCCACGGUGGCUCAGUGAGUAAGACAUUGGCUCGUUAACCUGGAUGUCCCAUGUUUUAUCCCUGCCUUGGGCGAGAAAGUUAAUCGGUAUUUUCCGGCGUGGUGCAUGAGAGAGGGACGGGCCUGGGCUCUGGCUCCUGGCAAGUGGAAUGUAUAGUUGUUCGGAUGGGACGAUAAAACCGAGCCCCCGUGUGCACAUUGACGUGCACGUAAAAGAUCCCUUGACAGUUGUAUUUCGAUAUAAGAGUAGGCUGUAGCGCCGCUGUCCUGGCAAAUUGCCUUCCUAUAUCACACUGUUUGGCGCGUGUCGGCCUUCAUAAGCCCUGUCGGAGCAGAACAGUAGGACGUUACACCCCAUUUAAUUCAACUAUGUAUAUUGUCUCCUGUCCGUGGGUUUGUCUUGUGUAAUUUUGUAUUAUAUUAUAUUAUACAGGUAAUAGUAUUGAAUUGUAAGUAAUUUUAUCAUACAGGUAAAAAUAAAACCAAUCUGAUGUCAGAACAAGACAAGACAAGACAUCACCUAGAAGACUUACAUAAAGAUCGCGACCUUACUAAACAGGAAUUAGAGAACCUGAAGAAACAGAUGGAAGCACUGAAAACAAGGCAAGAUGGAGAUUCCAAACAGAUGUUGAAGAAAAUAGAAAAACUAGAAACAUACAAAAAACAAACUGAAGAGAAAGAAGCUCUGACAAAGAAGAGAAUUGAUGAGUUGGAGACAUGUAUUAAAACUCUUACCCUAAAUGAGGAAGAUACCAUUCAGCCACAAUUAUUACCUGGUACUUUGUCUGGUAAUACAAGUGAUACCUCAGAUGUUACUUUGUCUGGUAAUACAAGUGAUACCUCAGAUAAGAAAGAUACACGUCAACAACAACAACAGCAAUUAUUUGAUGCCUGUCUACAUGGUACUUUGGAUGAUAUAAAAAACAUGGUGAACAUAGAUGUUAAAGUCAGAGACAGUAUGUGGGACGAGACACCGUUAUUUAAAUGUUGUAGAUCAAGUGUAAGUCCUGUAGAUAAAAUAAAAUAUCUAGUCAGUCAUCAGGCUGAUAUUAACGCUAGAGACAGUGAUAAUAAUACCAUCUUACACGUGGCAUGUCUCCAUGGUACUUUAUCUACAGUACAAUAUCUUGUUGAUGAUUUACACAUGGAUGUUAAUACAACAGGUUAUGACAACCAGACACCGUUAUUUGACUGUUGUAGAUCAAGUGUAAGUACUGUAGAUAAAAUAAAAUAUCUAGUCAGUCAUCAGGCUGAUAUUAACGCUAGAGACAGUGAUAAUAAUACCAUCUUACACGUGGCAUGUUUGUGUGGUACUUUAUCUACAGUACAAUAUCUUGUUGAUGAUUUACACAUGAAUGUUAAUACAACAGGUCGUUACAACAGUACACCGUUAUUUUACUGUUGUCAAUCAAGUGUAAGUCCUGUAGAUAAAAUACAAUAUCUAGUCAGUCAUGAGGCUGAUAUUAACGCUAGAGACAGUGGUAAUAAUACCAUCUUACACAGGGCAUGUUGGUUUGGUACUUUAUCUACAGUACAAUAUCUUGUUGAUGAUUUACACAUGAAUGUUAAUACAACAGGUCGUUACAACAGUACACCGUUAUUUUACUGUUGUAUGUCAAGUGUAAGUCCUGUAGAUAAAAUACAAUAUCUAGCCAGUCAUCAGGCUGAUAUUAACGUUAGAGACAGUUAUAAUACUACCAUCUUACACCUGGCAUGUCUAGACGGUACUUUAUCUACAGUACAAUAUCUAGUUGAUUGUUUACAUCUAGAUCUACAUGUCAAGAAUAAAUAUAGUCAAACAGUUCUAGAUUAUUGUAGGUGGUCAGACACUGAACAAGGUGAAAAGAUAAAAUAUAUCACAGAUCAAAUGAAAUUAAAAUAAACAAGUUAUAAUAAUUCGUGUAAACUAGUCAACAUAAUGUUAUUGUCUCUAGUCAUACAAUUUACAGUUUUAUUGUCUCUUGUCAACAGUUAAAACUACUGAUGACGUAUUAUACUGUCUCUAGUCAACAGAUACAACUACUGAUGACGUAUUACACUGUCUCUUGUCAACAGUUAAAACUACUGAUGACGUAUUAUACUCUUGUCAACAGUUAAAACUACUGAUGACGUAUUACACUGUCUCUAGUCAACUACUGAUGACGUAUUACACUGUCUCUAGUCAACAGUUAAAACUACUGAUGACGUAUUUGUACUUUAUCUACAGGACUAAUACUGUGUAUAUAUUUAUUGUUUAUUUUAUUGUUUAAUUUAUUUAAAAUGUCUUCAAUAUUUUAUUUGUAUAUAUUUAUUUUCAAUGAAUAAUACUGUUGACAAAA